CCUGUGACUACCCCUAAGGCGCUCGGCAACGAUAAAUAGGGCUCCUCCCCACACAGUUUUCUCCGUUCCAACCUGAUUCUCUCCGAUCCAAUCAAAUCUUUUCGAAGCGACCCAAAAGGCUUUAGAUUUCGCCUCUCAAGAUGCAGAUCUUUGUGAAGACGCUCACCGGGAAGACGAUCACCCUCGAAGUCGAGAGCUCGGACACCAUCGACAACGUGAAGGCCAAGAUUCAGGACAAGGAAGGCAUUCCACCGGACCAGCAAAGGCUCAUCUUUGCGGGCAAGCAGCUCGAGGACGGCCGUACUCUUGCAGACUACAACAUCCAGAAGGAGUCCACUCUUCACCUCGUCCUCCGCCUCCGAGGUGGGAUGCAAAUCUUCGUGAAGACGCUGACGGGGAAGACCAUCACCCUCGAGGUCGAGAGCUCGGACACCAUCGACAACGUCAAAGCCAAGAUUCAGGACAAGGAGGGCAUCCCGCCGGACCAGCAAAGGCUUAUCUUUGCCGGCAAGCAGCUCGAGGACGGCCGCACUCUUGCUGACUAUAACAUCCAGAAGGAGUCCACCCUCCACCUCGUCCUUCGCCUCCGAGGUGGGAUGCAAAUCUUCGUCAAGACUCUUACCGGGAAGACGAUCACCCUCGAGGUCGAGAGCUCGGACACCAUCGACAACGUGAAGGCCAAGAUUCAGGACAAGGAAGGCAUUCCACCGGACCAGCAAAGGCUCAUCUUUGCGGGCAAGCAGCUCGAGGACGGCCGUACUCUUGCAGACUACAACAUCCAGAAGGAGUCCACUCUUCACCUCGUCCUCCGCCUCCGAGGUGGGAUGCAGAUCUUCGUGAAGACGCUGACGGGGAAGACCAUCACCCUUGAAGUCGAGAGCUCGGACACCAUCGACAACGUCAAAGCCAAGAUUCAGGACAAGGAGGGCAUCCCGCCAGACCAGCAAAGGCUUAUCUUUGCCGGCAAGCAGCUCGAGGACGGCCGCACCCUUGCUGACUAUAACAUCCAGAAGGAGUCCACCCUCCACCUCGUCCUUCGCCUCCGAGGUGGGAUGCAAAUCUUUGUCAAGACUCUUACCGGGAAGACGAUCACCCUCGAGGUCGAGAGCUCGGACACCAUCGACAACGUGAAGGCCAAGAUUCAGGACAAGGAAGGCAUUCCUCCGGACCAGCAACGGCUCAUCUUUGCCGGCAAGCAGCUCGAGGACGGCCGCACCCUUGCUGACUAUAACAUCCAAAAGGAGUCCACCCUCCACCUCGUCCUUCGCCUCCGUGGUGGGAUGCAGAUCUUCGUCAAGACUCUUACCGGGAAGACGAUCACCCUCGAGGUCGAGAGCUCGGACACCAUCGACAACGUGAAGUCCAAGAUUCAGGACAAGGAGGGCAUCCCGCCGGACCAGCAAAGGCUCAUUUUUGCCGGCAAGCAGCUCGAGGACGGACGCACUCUGGCCGACUACAACAUCCAGAAGGAGUCCACCCUCCACCUCGUCCUCCGCCUCCGUGGCGGUUGCUGAACUCUGCCAGUCUCUCAGCGGCGGUGUUUGAUUCGGAGGUGUCGUUACAAGUCCAGUUUAUGAGUCGAAGCUUGUCUAGUCCUGUCUCCGUUCGUGCGAUCUGCUGCCGCUAUCGUCGUGUUAUCUGCUGUGCUUUCCUCUUCCCAUGCGAAUGCUAUGUCCCAUCUGAUAAUAAGUGAACAAUAUUCUGCCUUUCUUCA